AUGUCUACCGACUGGUCUAUUGCCUUUAAGCCAAUUCUCGACCUUCACUCUAAGGCCAUUUUUGCUGCAGGUUCCUCAUCUGUUGGAAAGCCUGUGGUGAGGAAGAUUCGGAGGGCCAUACUAGCUGCUCAAGACGAGCAAGAGGAACCCAUUGCCUUGCCUACUUCCUUGAAAAAGGCAAUAAAAGAAUACUAUGCCAAAAGUCUCAAAGACAAGGAAGAGGCAGACGAACGUGAGGCAGCGAGUCGCCCAAGAGAACCAUCUUUCUAUAAGAAACCCCUGUCUGAGUGGGACGUAGCACAGAAAUUAUUUAAGCAGGAGAUCGACUCAUAUGACAAGGCCCAACAACAGAGUAAAGGCUUGGAGUAUUCAAUCAAGUACCGCACUGGGAAUGCCAGGGAGUGGUUCAACAACAUGACACCUUCACAACAGCAGGAGGUCAAGUUUGCCAUGAAGAAAUGGAAUGAGGAGGGGGCGCCAGAAGAAACUCAGGCAAUAUAUCGUAAGAAUAACCUCAAGAAAACUCUGGAAGAUUUUGCAGAGCAAAUUCGGCGCACCAUGGGUUGUCGCAUAGUAAUGCUUGUUAGUCAUAAGAAAAAAGCUAGUCAGACAUUGUCCGUCAGUCUACACGAAACUACGCCUCAGAAUGCCAAGAAAAAAUUUUCUGUGAGCUCGAGUGGUAUCAAGGAGUGGGCUGCAAAUGGAUUUGAAUCCUUUGGAGAAUGGUCUAAGACUGAAUUUUACCCUUCAGAGGAUUCAGACCAUGCGGCUUCAGACUGUGAGGAUGGACCUGUCUUACCUGAAAUCAUAGUAGAUGAUGAGGGGUAUGCAAAACUUCCUCUUCGUGAUGGUAUUGGCCUCAAGGGCCAACACGAAUUGAUUAGAAGUAUCUUUCAUACUUCAUACAAAGUCUGCACAGGUGGCUCUAGACCUGUACCUUGGGGCGUGAUAACUGCCAGCCCGUCCAAUUAUUUGGAACCUGGUUCAGUUCCCACAGGAUUUGUGGUCAAAGACCCUUCUCAUAUGAAGACAGAGGAGGUAAAUCGUCUAUGGAUGCAUUGGGAACGACGUUCUGCUACAAAUCAGAAGCUAGUUGUCUUUAUUAAGGCCAAGGAUGCUGAUAUUCGGGUCACUGGGAAGUCCAAGACGAAAGUAGUGAGCACCCUAGACUUAGAUGAAGAAGAUCAAGGCCGCCGGCUCCAUUUGCCUCUCAUUUCACAGAACGUACAACACAGCCGCUCAUGA